UGGGCCACCAUAACCAAAACAGAACAUCAACAAAGCAGAAAACCUGCACCAGUGAAAAAGCUGCAUCACACCCGACUCUUUAGCAAACUGAGCACCAUCAAGACUGGACCAGAAUCUAGCAUAAUUUCGCAAACGUCCCUCAUUCGUCAUUGAGACGGAGAGUGAUAAAUGUUGAAGGCGGCAGUCCAUCAGAAUCGACUUGCUACUUAUUUGGAGGUUAUGUAGUCCAUAGAUGGUCGGGCCCGACUGGCGACUGGCCGAGCCGCGGAGCGGAUUAUCAGAAGAGAAGUUUGUCCGCGCCUGUCGCUGUCCCUGUCUCCGCGCCUCCUCCCACGCACCAUGCGAAGUGCGAAGCACAGCCGCGUGCUGCGUCGCCGAAGAAGCACCGUCCUGCCUGUCUCCGUCUAGCCUUGGCAGCCAGUGACACAGAUUGUGCCUCUCGGCCUCUCUGCAGCACAGCCAGGCACAGCCAGUGCAGAUGUCUUGUGACGGCGUCGUGGUGUGAGUGAGUUUUGCAUCCGUGUGGGCAACUGCAAGGCAUCCAUAUCAAUGGUGAUUUCAUAACUGUUUUAUUCAACGCACAAAAAUGGCUUCCUUUGAAGAUAGUUGUAAAAUAUCAAUCGACGGCAUGACAUGCCAGUCAUGCGUACAAACGAUUGAAGCAAAUAUAGGAAAAGUGAAUGGUGUGAAAGUAAUAAAAGUCAAUUUAGAAAAGAAAGAGGCAACCGUUGGGUUGGACAAAUCAACAGAUAUCUCCCCAACCAAAGUUGCUGAAUUAAUCUCUGACAUGGGAUUUGACGCCAAGGCUUUAGAUAGUGACACAUCAAGUGGCAUUUCUUCUAUGACGAAAUACUCACUUCAAAGUCCAGACUUUGGUGAGACGUCAAAGGAUGAUACUCCGCUAAUUGUUGGAAGUUCUACAGCUGUUAUUGUUCCCGCGCAACCUCCAAGGAAUAUCAGUGGCUCAUUGGCUCGUGAUAGGGUUUAUCCUGACGACUUGUGGCAAGAUUUGGACGUGGACGAGACCUCCGCCCUGAUGGCGGGCCAGGACGACGACGCGCAGGGCUCCGUGGCCCGCGAGGACACCGUGGACGUGCGCGUGGAGGGCAUGACGUGCCAGUCGUGCGUGCGCAACAUCGAGGGCCACCUGAGCUCCAGGCCCGGCGUGCUGCACAUCAAGGUCAGUUUGGAGAAGAAAAACGCCAACAUCACUUACGACCCCAGGAUGACGACAGCAGCAGAGCUUGUAACCACCAUCGAUGACAUGGGAUUUGAAGCGACCCUGGCUGACAAUAACAGCAUUGAGCUGUCGUGUCUUAUCAGAGUGGAUGGCAUGACAUGCAUGUCCUGUGUUCGAAAUAUAGAAGGUACAAUAUCUGGCAAACCAGGAGUUCAUCACAUAUCAGUAAGUCUGGAGAAAAAGGAAGCUUCCGUCAAGUUUGACCCCAUUGUUGUAUCAGCAGCAGAAAUAACUGAGUUUAUUGACGAUAUGGGCUUUGAUGCCAAGCUUUUAUCAGGAGGAGGUGAUUCAGCACCUUUAGUCGGAAAUAAAGAGAAAAAGGGGAAAACAUCAAAGAAUGAUGUAGUUUCUAAUGGUUAUGAUCAGAAAAUAAACAUUGAAGAGGCUCUGGAGUCAAAUCUACGAAAGUGUUUCCUUCAUGUGAAAGGAAUGACGUGUGCAUCAUGUGUCAGUGCCAUAGAAAAACACUGUCGAAAAAUUCAUGGCAUUCAUAGUGUUUUGGUUGCUCUUCUUGCUGCCAAAGCUGAGUUUAAAUAUGAUCCAGCAUUGAUCCAAGCAGUAGACAUUGCAAAUUCAAUUACAGAGCUUGGAUUUCCUGCAACAUUGAUCGAUGAACCUGGAACAGGCGAGGCUGAAGUAGAAUUAAGGAUUUCUGGAAUGACAUGUGCAUCAUGUGUGAAUAAAAUUGAAUCCUCAGUUAAAAAAUUGAAAGGCGUUAAGACAGCCUCUGUUGCUCUCACCACUCAAAGGGGCAAAUUCCGUUUUGAUGCUGAGGCAACUGGUCCUCGAGAUAUUGCAGAUUUCAUCACAGGGCUAGGAUUCCCAGCUUCAUUAAUCUCCAGAGACAACAAAUCGACUUCACAUUUGGACCAUGAGGAGGACAUCAAGAAGUGGCGCACUGCAUUUAUUAUUAAUCUUACAUUUGGGCUUCCUUGUAUGUUAUUUAUGAUGUACUUUAUGUUUGGAAUGGACUUUGGAUACAUUUCGCAUGAAGAUAUGUGCUGUGUGGUACCUGGUUUAUCCUUGGAAAACCUUUUGCUGUUUGUCUUUUCAACUCCAGUCCAGUUCUUUGGAGGCUGGCACUUUUAUGUUCAAGCAUAUCGAGCACUGAAACAUAAGACUACAAAUAUGGAUGUGCUAAUAUCAAUGGCAACCAUAAUAUCCUAUGUGUAUUCAGUAUGUGUUCUUUUAGCCUCUAUGAUUUUAGGGACCCCAACAAGUCCACAGACUUUCUUUGAUACUCCUCCUAUGUUAUUUGUCUUUGUAUCUCUGGGUCGAUGGCUGGAACAUGUUGCAAAGGGCAAAACAUCAGAAGCACUCUCAAAACUACUGUCACUAAAAGCAACCGAUGCUCUGCUUGUUACAAUUGGCGAAGAUUCAAAUGUUACUUCAGAGAAAGUCAUCAGUGUUGAUCUUGUUCAAAGAGGAGAUGUUCUGAAGGUUGUUCCUGGAUCUAAGGUGCCUGUAGAUGGUAAAGUUAUUUUUGGACAUUCAACCUGUGAUGAGUCUCUUAUUACUGGUGAAUCCAUGCCUGUGCUCAAAAAAAUAGGCUCGGUGGUGAUUGGUGGCUCCAUAAAUCAGAAUGGUCUUCUUUUAAUGACUGCCACUCACACUGGAGAGGCCACAACUUUGGCUCAAAUUGUCCGACUCGUUGAAGAAGCCCAAACAUCAAAAGCCCCAAUUCAGCACCUUGCCGACCGCAUUGCCGGGUACUUUGUGCCACUUGUAAUUGGUGUCUCCUCUCUUACUUUGUUUGGAUGGAUUAUCAGUGGUUAUGUUGAUUUGAAGCACCUGCCUAUCAGUGAGGGUGAAAUGAAAGGCUUAAACCGUGAUGAAAUAAUAUUCCAGUAUGCAUUCCGUUGCGCUCUGAGUGUUUUAGCCAUAGCUUGCCCCUGUGCUUUGGGUUUAGCUACACCCACUGCUGUAAUGGUGGGAACUGGAGUUGGAGCACUAAAUGGCAUCCUCAUCAAAGGUGCUGAGCCGUUAGAAAAUGCUCACAAGGUUCGCACAGUAGUGUUUGAUAAGACUGGAACCAUAACUAGAGGAGUUGCAUCUGUAGCUCAAAUCUGUCUAUUUGUUGACAAUGCUGCAUGCUCUCUUGCUAAGCUCCUUGCUAUUGUUGGUACUGCUGAGGCAAAUAGUGAACAUCCUAUUGCUGCUGCCAUAGUUAAAUUUGUGAAAGAAACAUUUUCUGUUGAAAUUUCUGGAAAGUGCAGCAACUUUGAGACUGUUCCGGGCUGUGGGUUAAAAUGCACUGUUUCUCACUUAAAUAGUAUGCUCUCAGCUGCCAGUACAUCCACCACGUUGACAGCUUUCAAUAAUUCAAGAAACCAGAAAGACCCAACAACCAUAGUUGAUGGUGUUGUGUUAAGAACUCACCUGACUCAACAGGCUAUGCAUGAAAAGUGUCUGUUAGAGUUGCAACAAAAACUUGAUGAGAAUGUGGAAAGUGUUUCCAAAGAUGGAUCCUAUGCAGUUGUGAUUGGCAACAGGGAGUGGAUGCAUCGGAAUGGUGUCAACAUGGCUCCCGAAGUGGACGACAUCAUGACUUAUGAAGAAGAGAAUGGCAGGACAGCAGUGCUCUGCGCGAUCGAUGGUGCUUUAAUUGGAAUGAUAAGUGUGGCAGACAUGGUAAAACCUGAGGCUCACCUUGCUGUGUACACUCUGAAGAAAAGGGGAUGUGAAGUUAUUCUCCUUACUGGGGACAAUAGGAAAACAGCUGUUGCCAUCGCCCGUCAAGUUGGCAUUACGCGAGUUUUUGCUGAAGUCUUACCUACUCACAAAGUUGCUAAAAUUCAAGGCCUUCAGAAAUCGGGUCACAGGGUUGCUAUGGUGGGAGAUGGAGUCAAUGAUUCGCCAGCCUUAGCUCAGUCAGAUGUUGGAAUUGCAAUUGCAUCAGGGACUGAUGUUGCAGUGGCAGCCGCUGACGUCGUACUAAUGAGGAAUGAUCUUCUGGAUGUUGUGGGCUGCCUGGACCUUUCAAGAAAAACUGUUCAAAGGAUUCGACUGAAUUUCCUAUUUGCCAGCAUGUACAAUAUAGUUGGCAUUCCUAUAGCUGCUGGCCUUUUCAGUCCAUUUGGUUUUAUUCUUCAGCCGUGGAUGGCUUCUGCUGCCAUGGCUCUCAGCUCCGUUUCAGUCGUCGCCUCAUCCUUGAUGCUGAAAACGUACCGCAAGCCGACGCGCGGCACGCUGUCCACGCCGGAGUACCGCGCCGCGGAGAUUGCCGGCUCGGCCGCGCUGGACUCCAUCUCGGUGCACCGCGGGGUGGAGGACAUCGAGAGGCCCAACAUGUCGCGGUCCACGUCCAGCACCCUUUCGAGAUGGCUCGUUGGUCGGAGUAACAAAGCACAAUCUACACGUCUCCUAGAUCAGGCUGAUGAUAUGGAUGACUUGGACCCUGUCGUAGGAAUUGCUGGCUACAGUCCAAGGGCUAAAUUCCAAGAUCCCAACCAAAUUACUAUUUUGUAGAACUACUCUUGUCUCAAUUCAUGAAAGACCCCUCUAAACCAUUUCUCAGUUUGUUUGAGAUGCAUGACGAUUGUUGGUUAUUUGAAGUCAUAUUAAGACUGUAUUUCCCCAUGAUUCCAUGUGAUAGCCUAAUUUUGGCCUUAUGUCAAAAAAUAAAAUACUUAUAAUAUUGAGACUUACAAAUUUAGCAUUUUGCUCUAGCUGUUUUUUCUUUCCUUUUUAACCUUUAUAAGCUAGAUUGUGAUUUGUAUUUAACAUUUUUAUGAAAUUAUUACUGUAAUUUAAUAUGUGCUGUGAGAGGAACAUAAUCACCGAAAAAGUGAAAGCUGUUUAAGAGUUAUUAUAAUGAAAAUGUUCGGUUAGUAUCAGUGUUUGUACAGUUUUUACCUGAUGCUAUGUCUUAUUUGAAAGUUUGAGUUUGUCUUUUACUUGUUAUGAAAACCAUUUUUCAGACUGUGUACAACUUGUUCCAAGCGCUUUCAUUCAUUUUCAUUAUUGAUUCAGUGGCAAAUGUGAUAGUCAAAAUAAUCCAGUCUCAAUUACCCUUGUUCGGUUACAAGUAUCCUAACAGUAUUUACAAGUACUUUAUGGCUCAUUUAAGGGAGCCUUUGUACAUGUACAAUGCUUCAUAAGAUCGAUUCUUCACAUAUUUUUAAUGCUAGUAUCCCACUCCUGAGGUGCAUCAUUUUUCCCCGGUUUGUUGACAUUGGAGCUGACCCAAGACUUUUACUGUUUCAGCUCUGCAAAUCAUUCUCAAGUGCCUAAUAUUAUGUAUAACUGUUUUUUACCUACAAUAAAUAUUAUUCUUCUUGUUAAAUGAA